GAAGCAGUUUUGGACUUUGGACUGUUUGGAGUGUUGCUUGACUUGCUUGUUGCCUGUUCAGUACAGCAAAACAACGUUUCAGUCAAAAUUUAAUUAAACUCCAGUGUAAAGUGUAUAAACAACGCUUGAAAUAUUUUUUCAAAAUUUGAUUGGGAAAGAUUCAGAACGCAAUUUAAUUUUCCCGCUACAUCUGAUACCAUUAUUAGCGAUUUAAAGUUUACAUAACUCUUAGAUUCAGAGAUGAGAUCUCCCUCAAGAAAAUCUUCCUCUUCAUCGCACCAUCACAAAAAAAUUAAAAGGGAAAGAAGUCGCUCUGCAUCAUCGUCAGGUUCAGACACCAGAACAAAACACAACCGCAGAAGUGAUAAGGACAGAGAUGAAUCCAGAAGAAGAGAACGAAACCGUGACGAAUACAGAUCCAGCUUAAAUUUCAGACCCGUCCGAGACGACAGAAGAGACAGGACUGAAGGUAGUGAUUCUAGGAGGGGAAGGGGUCGCGGAGGCUUUCGAGGGGGUCGAGGUGGAUUCCAAGGUCGUAAAAGGCAUGGUGCCGAAGAAGAUAAUUUUGAAUGGGGCAAGAGUGCUCACAGAGAGGAGAAGCCAAAAGAGCAGGUGGAUAAAGAGCAGCCCAACUUCGGUCUGUCUGGCAAACUGACGGAAGCCACCAACAUGGUCAACGGAGUUGUGGUCAAGUACUCUGAGCCCCCAGAGGCAAGAAAGUCGACCAGGCGGUGGCGAUUUUAUGUCUUCAAGGGUGACGAGACCCUGCCAACCCUUUACAUUCACAGGCAAAGCGCCUAUCUUAUAGGAAAGGACAGAAGAGUGGCGGAUAUCAGACUGGAUCACCCCUCAAUAUCUGCCCAGCAUGCAGCCCUGCAGUAUCGUCUUGUGAGCAUAAAAUCAGAAGAUGGUGUGAAAUCCUUCAAGGCCAUAAGACCAUACAUAAUCGACCUUGAAUCUUCAAACGGAACUUUUUUGAACAACAAGAAAAUCGACCCAAAAAGGUAUGUGGAACUGAAAGAAAAGGAUGUGCUUAAGUUUGGGUUUAGUUCUCGAGAAUAUGUGGUGCUUCAUGAGCACAGUCAGGGUGACGAAGAGAGCGGGGAUGAAAUUGUUGACGAUGGGCCUAAUGCUUAAUUCAAUUAAUAAACUACAUGUACCUUGUCUUUAUCUAAUUAAAUUUUUAUUUGAUCUGAAUAGAAAAAAUUUCAUAAAAUGGCAGAUGCAAAAAAAAUCUGCCAUUUUCGGACUAAUAAUAUCUUGUUUAUUUAAAUUAAUUCACAAUACAGAAAUAUCAAAGUUAGACAUUAUGGACAUGCAUAUUUUGACAUAGUUUUCUAAUAAAUAAUUAACUUUAAACAUAAUGUG